GCAGGUUUGCAAAGUUUACCUGAGCGACAGCAGCGCUGCAAUCCAGACAAGUCUCCACAUAUCUUUCUAAAGAAACUUUCAACCAAUCAGCAGCUUUUUCUCAGCAACACAGAGUGUUGAUAUGUCUGCUGCCAGCUGUCUGCAGUCUGAAGAUCAGUUCCUGUGCUCCAUCUGUCUGGAUGUGUUCACUGAUCCAAUCACCACACCAUGUGGACACAAUUUCUGUAAAACCUGCAUCAAUAAACACUGGGACACUGAUGUUCCCUAUCAGUGUCCCAACUGUAAAGAGGUUUUUAACAUCAAACCUGAGCUGACGGUCAACACUUUCAUCUCUGAGAUGGCUGCUCAGUUCAGACAGUCAACUGAAAAGGACGGCAGCAGCAGCUCAGAGCAACAAUUACCCGGACCAAAAGAAGUUUCCCGUGAACCAAACGACGUUCCCCGUGAACCAAAAGAAGGACCUGGAAGAAAGACCUGGAUGUUCUUCCUGCUGUGUCUGCUGUGUGUCUUCAUAGCCUGGAUGGUUGCAGACCAAGAGAAACAUCUCGUUGGUCCUCAGAAGGAAGAAUAUGAAGCAAAGAAAGCAGAACUGUGGAAGACAGGGGGUGAAAUUCUGCAGAUGAUCCAGAAGAGACGACUGAAGAUCCAGGAGAUCAAACACUCAGUGGAGCUCAGUGAUGAAGAUGCUGACAGAGAGAUAGCAGAAGGUGUUCAGGUCUUCAGCGCUCUGAAGGAGUCUGUUGAGAGAAGCCAGGCCGAGCUCAUCGAGACGAUCCAAGAGAAGCAGAAAAGGACAAAGGAACCAGCUGAAGGCUUCAUCACAGAGCUGGAACAGGAAAUCUCUGAGCUGCAGAAGAGAAGCACUGAGGUGGAGCAGGUCCUACAGUCUGAAGACCACCUCCACCUCCUCCAGAGAUUCACCUCCCUGAACGCUGCUCCACCCACCAAGGACUGGACACAAGUCACUGUCCGUCCACCUUCAUAUGAGGGGACUGUGGUGAGAGCUGUGAAUCAGCUGGAGGAGAUGCUCAGUGAACAGAUGAAGAAGCUGGUCCCUGAGUCUGAGCUGAAGAAAGUCCAGCAGUCUGAAGUGGAUGUGACUCUUAAUCCUGAUACAGCAGAUCCUACACUCAUCCUGUCUGAUGACGGAAAACAAGUUAAUCAUGGUGAUGUGAGGAACAAUCUCCCAGACAAUCUAGAGAGAUUUGAUAGUGGUGCUAUUGUCUUAGCAAAGCAGAGUUUCUCUUCAGGAAGAUUUUAUUUCGAGGUUCAGGUUAAAGGGAAGACUGCGUGGGAUUUAGGAGUGGCCAGAGAGUCGGUCAACAGGAAGGGACAAAUCACAUUGAGCCCUCAGAAUGGUUACUGGGUAAUAUGGUUGAGAAAUGGAAAUGAGUACAAAGCUCUUGCUGACCCUGCUGUCCUGCUGUCCCUGAAGUCUCCUCCCCAGAAGGUGGGGGUGUUUGUGGAUUAUGACGAGGGUCUGGUCUCCUUCUAUGACGUUGAUGCUGAAUCUCUUAUCUUCUCCUUUACUGGUUGCUCCUUGACUGGGAAACUCCUCCCAUACUUCAGUCCCGAACCUAACAACGGUGGUAAAAACUCUGCCCCUCUGAUCAUCUCUCCUGUCGGUCACUGAGGAGAACAAAAUGUUCAGUUUAUAAAAUCAC